AUGAGCGACAUCCUCAUCCGCCAAAGUACAGACUGUAAGAGAAGACAGAAGAGAGGACACUUUGGACUGAAUGGGAGUCAGGUCAAAGUUGUCAAAUGUCCGGGCGAUGACGGAGGAGCCUGCCCAAAUAAUGGAGCCUGCCCUAAUAAUGGAGCCUGCCCUAAUAAUGGAGCCUGCCCUAAUAAUGGAGCCUGCCCUAAUAAUGGAGCCUGCCCUAAUAAUGGAGCCUGUCCUAAUAAUGGAGCCUGCCCUAAUAAUGGAGCCUGCCCUAAUAAUGGAGCCUGUCCUAAUAAUGGAGCCUGCCCUAAUAAUGGAGCCUGUCCUAAUAAUGGAGCCUGUCCUAAUAAUGGAGCCUGCCCUAAUAAUGGAGCCUGCCCUAAUAAUGGAGCCUGUCCUAAUAAUAAAACCUGUCCUAAUAAUGGAGCCUGCCCUAAUAAUGGAGCCUGCCCUAAUAAUGGAGCCUAUCCUAAUAAUAAAGCCUGUCCUAAUAAUGGAGCCUGUCCUAAUAAUGGAGCCUGCCCUAAUAAUGAAGCCUGCCCUAAUAAUGGAGCCUGCCCUAAUAAUGGAGCCUGUCCUAAUAAUGGAGCCUGUCCUAAUAAUAAAGCCUGUCCUAAUAAUGGAGCCUGUCCUAAUAAUGGAGCCUGCCCUAAUAAUGGAGCCUGUCCUAAUAAUGGAGCCUGCCCUAAUAAUGGAGCCUGCCCUAAUAAUGGAGCCUGUCCUAAUAAUGGAGCCUGCCCUAAUAAUGGAGCCUGUCCUAAUAAUGGAGCCUGCCCUCAUAAUAAAGCCUGCCCUAAUAAUGGAGCCUGUCCUAAUAGUGGAACCUGUCCUAAUAAUGGAGCCUGCCCUAAUAAUGGAGCCUGUCCUAAUAAUGGAGCCUGUCCUAAUAAUGGAGCCUGCCCUAAUAAUAAAGCCUGCCCUAAUAAUGGAGCCUGUCCUAAUAAUGGAGCCUGUCCUAAUAAUGGAGCCUGCCUUAAUAAUGGAGCCUGUCCUAAUAAUAAAACCUGUCCUAAUAAUGGAGCCUGCCCUAAUAAUGGAGCCUGCCCUAAUAAUGGAGCCUAUCCUAAUAAUAAAGCCUAUCCUAAUAAUAAAGCCUGCCCUAAUAAUGGAGCCUGCCCUAAUAAUGGAGCCUGUCCUAAUAAUGGAGCCUGUCCUAAUAAUGGAGCCUGCCCUAAUAAUGGAGCCUGCCCUAAUAAUGGAGCCUGUCCUAAUAAUAAAACCUGUCCUAAUAAUGGAGCCUGCCCUAAUAAUGGAGCCUGCCCUAAUAAUGAAGCCUGCCCUAAUAAUGGAGCCUAUCCUAAUAAUAAAGCCUGUCCUAAUAAUGGAGCCUGUCCUAAUAAUGGAGCCUGUCCUAAUAAUAAAGCCUGUCCUAAUAAUGGAGCCUGUCCUAAUAAUAAAGCCUGUCCUAAUAAUGGAGCCUGUCCUAAUAAUAAAGCCUGUCCUAAUAAUGGAGCCUGUCCUAAUAAUGGAGCCUGCCCUAAUAAUGGAGCCUGUCCUAAUAAUGGAGCCUGCCCUAAUAAUGGAGCCUGCCCUAAUAAUGGAGCCUGCCCUAAUAAUGGAGCCUGCCCUAAUAAUGGAGCCUGUCCUAAUAAUGGAGCCUGCCCUAAUAAUAAAGCCUGCCCUAAUAAUGGAGCCUGUCCUAAUAGUGGAACCUGUCCUAAUAAUGGAGCAUGCCCUAAUAAUGGAGCCUGUCCUAAUAAUGGAGCCUGUCCUAAUAAUGGAGCCUGCCCUAAUAAUAAAGCCUGCCCUAAUAAUGGAGCCUGUCCUAAUAAUAAAGCCUGUCCUAAUAAUGGAGCCUGCCCUAAUAAUGGAGCCUGUCCUAAUAAUAAAGCCUGCCCUAAUAAUGGAGCCUGCCCUGAUAAUGGAGCCUGUCCUAAUAAUAAAGCCUGCCCUAAUAAUGGAGCCUGCCCUGAUAAUGGAGCCUGUCCUAAAAAUGGAGCCUGCCCUAAAAAUGGAGCCUGCCCUAAUAAGGGAGCCUGCCCUAAUAAUAAAGCCUGCCCUAAUAAUAAAGCCUGCCCUAAUAAUGGAGCCUGCCCUAAUAAUGGAGCCUACCCUAAUAAUGGAGCCUACCCUAAUAAUGGAGCCUGCCCUAAUUAUAAAGCCUGUCCUAAUAAUGGAGCCUGUCCUAAUAAUGGAGCUGGUCCUAAUAAUGGAGCCUGCCCUAAUAAUGCAGCCUUUCCUAAUAAUGGAGCCUGUCCUAAUAAUGGAGCUGGUCCUAAUAAUGGAGCCUGCCCCAAUAAUGCAGCCUGCCCUAAUAAUGGAGCCUACCCUAAUAAUGGAGCCUACCCUAAUAAUGGAGCCUGCCCUAAUAAUAAAGCCUGCCCUAAUAAUGGAGCCUGUCCCAAUAAUGGAGCCUGUCCUAAUAAUGGAGCCUGCCCUAAUAAUGUAGCCUGUCCUAAUAAUGGAGCCUGUCCUAAUAAUGGAGCUGGUCCUAAUAAUGGAGCCUGCCCUAAUAAUGGAGCCUGUCCUAAUAAUGGAGCCUGCCCUAAUAAUGGAGCCUGUCCCAAUAAUGCAGCCUGCCCUAAUAAUGGAGCAUGCCCUAAUAAUGGAGCCUACCCUAAUAAUGGAGCCUACCCUAAUAAUGGAGCCUGCCCUAAUAAUAAAGCCUGCCCUAAUAAUGGAGCCUGCCCUAAUAAUGGAGCCUGCCCUAAUAAUAAAGCCUGUCCUAAUGAUGGAGCCUCCUGUCCUAAUAAUGGAGCCUGCCCUAAUAAUAAAGCCUGCCCUAAUAAUGGAGCCUGUCCUAAUAAUGGAGCCUGCCCUAAUAAUGGAGCCUGCCCUAAUAAUGAAGCCUGCCCUAAUAAUGGAGCCUGCCCUAAUAAUGGAGCCUGUCCUAAUAAUGGAGCCUGCCCUAAUAAUGGAGCCUGCCCUAAUAAUGGAACCUGCCCUAAAAAUAAAGUCUGCCCCAAUAAUGGAGCCUGUCCUAAUAAUGGAGCCUGUCCUAAUAAUGGAGCCUGUCCUAAUAAUGGAGCCUGCCCUAAUAAUGGAGCCUGCCGUAAUAAUGGAACCUGCCCUAAAAAUAAAGCCUGUCCUAAUAAUGAAGCCUGCCCUAAUAAUGGAGCCUGUGCUAAUAAUGGAGCCUGCCCUAAUAAUGGAGCCUGCCCUAAUAAUGGAGCCUGUCCUAAUAAUGGAGCCUGCCCUAAUAAUGGAGCCUGUCCUAAUAAUGGAGCCUGCCCUAAUAAUGGAGCCUGCCCUAAUAAUAAAGCCUGUCCUAAUAAUGGAGCCUGCCCUAAUAAUAAAGCCUGCCCUAAUAAUGGAGCCUGUCCUAAUAAUGGAGCCUGCCCUAAUAAUGGAGCCUGCCCUAAUAAUAAAGCCUGUCCUAAUAAUGGAGCCUGCCCUAAUAAUGGAGCCUGUCCUAAUAAUGGAGCCUGUCCUAAUAAUGGAGCCUGUCCUAAUAAUGGAGCCUGCCCUAAUAAUGGAGCCUGUCCUAAUAAUGGAGCCGGUCCUAAUAAUGGAGCCUGCCCUAAUAAUGGAGCCUGCCCUAACAAUGGAGCCUGCCCAAAUAAUGGAGCCUGCCCUAAUAAUGGAGCCUGCCCUAAUAAUGGAACCUGCCCUUAUAAUGGAACCUGCCCUAAUAAUGGAGCCUGUCCUAAUAAUGGAGCCUGCCCUAAUAAUGGAGUCUGCCCUAAUAAUGGAGCCUGCCCUAAUAAUGGAGCCUGUCCUAAUAACAGAGCUGGUCCUGAUAAUGGAGCCUGCCCUAAUAAUGGAGCCUGCCCUAAUAAUGGAGCCUGCCCUAAUAAUGGAGCCUGUCCUAAUAAUGGAGCCUGUCCUAUAAUGGAGCCUGCCCUAAUAAUGGAGCCUGUCCUAAUAAUGGAGCCUGUCCUAAUAAUGGAGCCUGCCCUAAUAAUGGAGCCUGCCCUAAUAAUGGAGCCUGCCCUAAUAAUGGAGCCUGCCCUAAUAAUGGAGCACACUUUGUAG